AUGUUGAACGAUCAAUUAACAAUUAAUACCUUGAGAAAGUUAAACUCUAGGCUUGCAUCCGAGAUUACUGAACUUAGAAAAGAGAAUGCCGAAAUUCUAGAACUUAGAAAGAAAUUUGCUGAAGUUGAGGCCGAGAACAUCGAACUUAAAGCUGAGAAC